UAGAAGAACUUAUUAGUCAGACAUCAAAUCAAAACUAUUGUGAUAUGAAUCGAAAGUUAGUUUUGCAUUUUCGCAUGCUUGGGGAUCUAUGGCUGUAAUGUCGAGGUUGAUAACUCAGGAGCCAAAAAAAUAUGGCGUAAAAUAACUUUGGAAUGUGUAAAAAAAUGCUUUUGUAUUAUCAACCAGCUGGUUUUAAUGAUUUUAUGCAAGUGAAGAUUUGAACGUGUAACUAAAAUUGCAGUUAUGGAAUAUUAACAACUGUUAGCAAAACCUUUGAUCUUAACAUUCAUACCUGCAUAUUGAUGAGAUAACAAUUUGCAUUACAAACAAUUACUUCAAUGUUUUCUCUAAGAAAGAAUAUGUAUAUCGAAACGAAAAAGACUAGCAGCUGGGAAAACUAUUAAAACUCCGAUAAUGCACGGGUUAACUCGGCUUCCAAGGAUAACCCAGCCCUAAUCAAAACUAUUAUCGCAAACAAACAGACCACAAAUUAAACUCUUAUUACUUUACUCUAAAACCAGCCUUGGUCUAAAAAAGGAACCUUGAUAUCGUAUAUUGUUUAAGAUACCUGAAUUGGCAAUAAUAGGAGUAAUUAUUGAAUUAAAUCAAACUUAUUUCUCAGUAAUACUUGGCUAGAUUUUGAUUUGGUAAUAAAUAAUGACUGAGAAAUAUUUUACAAAGCUUACUUUUAAAAACAAUGAAACGACAAGGUUCUAUGACAUGAAAUUAUUUGAAUUGUUAGUUAUUUAGUUGAUUGAGUAAGACUCUGUCAUUUAAAUUGGUAAAACCGAGAUAUAAAUAGAAGCAACGUUGUAUUUUUUAUUCUGUACUUGUAGUAUGUGUUUAAGCCUAAAGUAGAACAAUUAAUUUUAAUCAUAAUAUAUCCAAAAUUGCCACAGAACUAUGAAUGAAUGGACCUGAAAUCCAAUCACAGACUUAAGAUACAAAUAGCAAAGAUUACGAUUUAAUGAGACGAAUACUUUCAACAAAUCUUAUCACUUUCUUCUUAAUACAUAAACAUGAGUGUCAGAUAUUUAACAAAAGGCCAACGUUGUUAACAUUUUAUUAUAAUGAGCUAGGAGCAUUUCAAUGCAAGUUCAAACUCCUUUAUACGUCGCCAGUCGCGCAGUGCACUUGUGUAAAAUUGCCAAUAUGGAUAGCAUACAAAGAGCUUACAAUAUCGUAUUUUAUGAAAGAGCAGAUCAACGAGUAAAAGACUGGGCGCUCAUGACGUCCCCGUUACCACUGGCCAGUAUCAUAGCGACCUACCUAGUGACCAUCAACUUCAUACUGCCUGCCUUCAUGAAGAAUAGGAGACCCUACGAACUGAGGUCUAUCAUCAAAUGGUAUAACGUGGUGCAGAUCGUCGCUAAUGCUGUCGCUACUUGGGGGAUAAUGACAUCGGGCUGGACCACGACAUACCACUUCGGGUGCAUGCUGCCCGACUACUCAAUGGACCCUCAAGCACUUCGCAUGCUCCGCUUCAUGUGGUGGACUGUGAUCCUCAAGCUAUUAGAACUCUUUGAGACUGCUUUUUUUGUACUUCGUAAGAGAGAACGACAGGCUUCUUUCCUGCAUGUCUACCAUCACGUCAGCACGCUGAUCAUUGUAUGGUCCGGAGUCAAAUAUGUUGGAGGUGGUAUAACCAGCUUUUCGCCUAUGAUAAACAACUCCGUACACGUCAUCAUGUACAGCUACUACCUAUUGUCAGCCGAGGGCAGCCCAAAGUUGAAGGCUUUCCUCAUCAAAUACAAGAAAUGGCUCACUGUUAUGCAGAUGAUCCAGUUCACGAUAAUGUUGAUAUACUCGGCCCAAGUGUUCCUACCAAGCUGCGACGCUCCUCUUGGCAUCACAAUAAUCUACUUCCCAAAUGUUAUAUUUGUUUACUACAUGUUUUACAACUUCUUCAAACAAAAUUAUAUAAAAAAAGAAAAGGAAACCUUAAAUAAAUCUACAAAUGGAGUUAAUAAAGAUGUUUGAGUUACUUUAAUGUUAUAAUGUUCACAAAUUGUAUCAAUAUUUUAGUUUAAAGGAAAUAAACAGAAUACCUACACUUUUGCUUAUAAAUAUUAAAUCCAAUGUAAAAAAGGGCAAUGCUAUGAAUGUGAAAUAAAAAGAAGUGAAGCUAAA